GAGUGAGAACAUGAUCCAGUCCAUCCCCAGGAAGGCCUUCAGAGGAGCCACUGACAUCAAGAAUCUUCAGCUGGAUAAGAAUCACAUCAGCUGUGUUGAAGAUGGUGCCUUCAGGGCUCUGCGGAGUCUGGAAGUGCUGACUUUGAACAACAACAACAUCAGCAGCAUCCCAGUCUCCAGCUUCAACCACAUGCCCAAGCUGCGUACCUUCCGGCUUCACUCCAACAACCUGAACUGUGAUUGUCAUCUCUCCUGGUUGCUCAGUGGCUCCGACAGAGGCCUACGAUUGGUCUGUUCACCCAGUGCACCGCCCCCCCCUCCCUCUACGGGGGCUCAACGUGGCUGAGAUACAGAAGCAUGAGUUCACCUG